AAGGGAACUUGGUGCUCUGACACGACUCGCGUGUCCAGAUGAUGGUUACAUAGAGUUUAAUGCUACCAGCUUUUUGUUUUAUCCAGGACUAUGUCAACAGUAAGUGUUUAGCUGUGCCGUGUCGGAUCCGGGUUGUCCCGGAGGAUGGCGUGCCCGACGCAGGUGUUCUGCAGGGCGCUGCGCACCGUGGGCCUGGUGCUUUUCUACUAUGUGUUUUCCAUUGGCAUAACAUUCUACAACAAGUGGCUCAUGAGGGACUUCCACUUUCCUCUGUUCAUGACGCUGGUCCAUCUCGUAAUCAUUUUCAGUUUCUCCACACUGACACGCUAUUUCAUGCAAUGCUGGACGGGAAAGCCUCGAGUGACACUUCCCUGGAAGCUUUACCUUUCUAAAGUGGCCCCGACAGCCCUGGCAACAGCGCUGGAUAUCGGAUUGUCCAACUGGAGCUUCCUUUUCAUCACCAUUAGUUUGUACACCAUGACCAAGUCUUCAGCUGUUCUCUUCAUUCUCUUUUUCUCUCUGGUCUUCAAACUGGAGGAACCGAACCCAUUCCUUAUCCUCGUGGUAUUGCUGAUAGCCAGUGGUCUGUUCAUGUUCACUCUGAAGUCCACUCAGUUUAAUCUGGAGGGUUUCAUCAUGGUCCUGUUGGCCUCUUUCAUCGGAGGGAUCCGCUGGACUCUUACUCAAGUGCUCAUGCAGAAAGCAGAGCUUGGCCUUCAGAACCCCAUAGACACUAUGUACCAUCUGCAGCCUCUCAUGUUCCUUGGCCUCUUUCCUCUGUUUCUUCUUAAUGAGGGGCUGAGUGUGAGUACCACAGAGAAGCUCUUCAGGGUCAGUGAGCUCUCCCACCUGCUCUACUCUCUGGUAACUCUGUCUGUGGGUGGAAUGCUGGCAUUUGGGCUGGGCUUCUCUGAGUUCCUGCUGGUGUCCCGCACCUCCAGUCUGACGCUAUCUAUUGCAGGCAUUUUUAAGGAGGUGUGCACUCUGCUGCUGGCAGUGGAGUUCAUGGGGGAUAAAAUGAGCACAGUCAACUGGUUGGGCUUUGCUGUGUGUCUGUCUGGCAUAUCACUGCAUGUUGGCCUCAAAGCAUACUACAACAAAGGAAAUGGCCCCAUGGUAAGACAACUACCAGUCAGAGACAACCCGGACCUUGAGCUUCCUCUUCUACAGACAAUAGAAGACUAUUGUGAAGACACAAAUGAUGAAGAGGAGCAAGAGAUCCUUUAUUAGUUCCAGGAUGACAUGAAUGUCUUAAAUAGACUUGUGGAAUGUUUUCCCUUAAAGGCUUAUAUGAAUGGUCACAUUGAUCACAGGUACUCAGCUGACCCCACAUGAUAUAAAUCAUCUUUGCUCUUGGGAAGACGGAACUCUUAAAGAGACUGGUUGGGUUAGUUCAUCUGAACAUUUCAUUUCGGUCAUCAUUUCAUCACCCUCAUGCUGCUGCUCCAAACCAGUAUGACUCUUUUUCUUUGGAACAGAAAAGGAAUGUCUUCCAUAAAAUGAAAGUGGAUGGAGACCAAGGGCUGACAAAAAAGAUAAAAUAUUAAUUUAUUUACUCUUUGAAGAAAAAGUCAUAUGGGUUUUGCAAGACAAAUGGGUGAGCAGUUUUGACAGAUUAAACCUUAGAUUUUAAUUUAAAGGUGAAAUAUAACUUCAGAAGUGCUGGUGGCAUUGAUCUCAGCACAGGGCCAAUCUCCAAGUGACCUUACACAUUUGUUUACAUGGCAAUAAAGGAUUUAUUUGAUUAAAUAUCAAUUCUGUUUUCACUUACCCAAAAUAAUUGCUUCGCUAAUUAUAAUGUAGAAUGUAAGUGAACUACUUGUUUAUUUAUUAAUUAAAAUGAAUGAAAUUGA